AUGCUGCGAUCCCUCGCCGCCGCCGCCGCGCGCUCGCCGGCGGCCGCCGCGUGGCGGCGCCUCCUCCACCAUGGCAGAGGCAUCGGCGGAGGGGAGGAGGCGGAGAGCAUGGCGUACCGCAUGUCGAUGCUGCGGGCUCCUCCUGUCGCGCGUAAGAAGGAUAUUGUCAGCUCCAACUCGUGCAGCCUCAUCGGCCGCCUCAACGCGCCGGUGCGCCUGCACCGGAACAGCUCCGAGGAGGACCCGAAGGCUUACACCUUCCUCUGCGUUACGCCCUCUUCCGCGUCCUCGUCGACCUCUGUAAACAAUUUGAACAGUGUGACAUUGCAGAUGAAGGGCGCUAUGGCAAAUGUGUGCCUGAAGCAUUUGAAGUACAAUGACCUUGUACAUGUAUCUGGUCUUCUGAACUCUUAUCAUAAAGUCAGUGGAACUGGUGAGAAGUAUAUGUGCUAUAAGAUCCACGUCAAGGAACUGAAUUACGUUCAUGAUCCCAAGAAGCCUAGGAAUGAUAAAGACUCGGUAGAUCCGGCAUCAACACCAUCUGCGGAUAGUCAAACACUUGAAGAAAUCAAGUACAGAGAAAGGCUUCGUCUGUGGCAGGUCUUCUUUGCCAGCCCUUACGAGUGGUGGGAUAACCGGCAAUACAAACCAUAUGCCAGUUGCCCUGAUUUUAAGCACAAGGACACCCGUGAGCAGCUAUGGCUUCAUCCAGAUGACCCUCCUUGGGUAAGAAAGCAGCUCGAAUUGAUUGACCAGCAAACAGCAGAGAGUGGUCGCAGGGAUGGCAGAGGGCGCUUGACAAACCCAAGAUGGAACGCUCAAGACUUCAACUACUCUGACGAAUGUGACGAUGAUGAGCAGGACACACAAAGGCAGGCGAAUGGAUGA